AUGACUUCUCGUGAACCCUCAGGAGCGCCUUCGGACGCCGAUACUAUCGACGAGCCCGCGGAAGAAACAAAGCCAGACGUUACUGAGCUUGAACAGGAGCAGUCUCAGCUGGAAGAAGACGCUCCAUCCAUCUCAACACCUACAAGUGUACGGCGCACUGCCCGUUCGCGAGUGUCUACUGGCAGGAAAGCGAAGCCCAGAAAGUCUGCGGCAUGGAUACAAGAACAGUUUCAGGAAGCCACAGAAGAUGAAGGCAGCGUCGUGUCUGUAUCCCACUCAAGGACCAAAAAGUCUGAGGCAAGCCCCGAGUCCGAAGCCAGGACUGUGGGGACUGCGGUCGGAACUAGAAGGCAAGCGAACGGGACGGUUGGGUCCGUCUACUCUGGCAGCAAGAUCAGACACAUCAAGAAACCCGAUGGCGAGCCAUUAUACCGCAAGGAGAUUCAGUACCAGUUCUUGACGCGCGUCACUGCCGACACAAAACCAGUCUUCACCCGAUUGAGUGAUGGCAAACUAGGCUGCACAUUUCUCGACAUCUACGUUGACUGCAUGGCGCGGAGCUCCAAGACAAGCAAGAUCCUCAAAGACCGACUACAGAUCGAUCGACAAGCGGCGCAGAACAUGGCCAUGAUCUGCUUGUUGGUGAAUGUUGGCCGCAUGAACACGACUUUGAACUUCUUCCCUGAGAUGAGAGCUCAGCUGAGGACUUACCACUCCAUCCCAUCUUUGCAAGCUUACAAGAGUCAAAGAGAUUAUAAGUCACUACAAGAUGCACCAAGACUCAAGAGUAUCCUGAAAGGCGCCAGCGAAGACACCGAUGAACCUCGGACUCUGGAAGCCCUUAAAGCCAAACCGGUUCCCCGGACAAACCCAGUCAACCUCAUAUUUGUCCUCUCACAGUCUGCACCCACUAUCAGUGAAUCUCAUUUCACAGAUAAAGUCGACUUCUUCGAUUUAGCCAUGCGGCACACUAUCAGCUCUGAAAGCAGAGCUCGGGCAUUUUUAUGGCUCAUGUGGUGGUAUCUCGAAUCUAAUUUUACGAAAGCAGACGCCCUGAAUAACCCCUACGGCCCGGGUCAAUAUAAAGAGGGCGAGGACCCUAAUGACGCUGACACAGUGCCUCUUUUGGUUCCUGACUUGGUCACCAUUACUCCAGAAGAAGGAGACAAAGAGAACGAGGACCCUGAAGAGGAGCUUGCCUUCGGGGACAGAAUGCGAGAAGAGAGAAGGCGAAUAAUGCUGGAAGUUGCGAACGAGCCGCCUCUCACAAUGGUGGACCCCGGAAAUCCCGAUCACAAGGCCGUCAAGCGGUUGAAGAGGGGCGCUCUCUAUGGUGAUGAUGAUUCUUUUGUCUCAGACGUGGACUCACGAGCAAGUCCCGGCGUUGCGACCCCGGAAGCCCACCAUGGGCCGAUCAUGAGUAGCAUGCUUGGUGGACAGGCCGAUAGUCUUGAUGACGACUGGGAAGUCUUUGAUCCGCAUCCAGGUCGCGGACGAUACAAGCGUGUGAGAGGCAAAAACACGCCUUCACGAGUUAGAGGGGGCGGUGCUAGCGGCAGGCAGACCGACGGUCGCAAGAGCCUCGCCAAGGCACGAGAUGGAGGUACUCCAGACACCGUCGAUCGGUUACGGGGUACCCCACAACCCUUUCAAUCUGGUCAUGGUAAUCACACAGCGAUCUCCCAAUAUGGCUCUCAUCGAAACAAGAAAGAAAUUGACAUACUCGCUGUCCGCCCUGGUGAGCCUGGAUCUAAUACAAUAAAGUCGAGGGCUCGAACCGGAUACCAACGUGAACUCGAGGAGCAUCGCCAACGUCGCGUUGAAUGGGCUCUGAGAAGACGACGCAAAGAGACGCUGAAAGUAUCUCGACAGCUGAGAGAGGGCGGAAAAUGGCUAUUGAAGGUUGCCAGACGGGUCCAUGAGCUUCCCGGCGCGUAUGACAGUGAAGAAGAAGCGGAAGAGCAUGGAGGAGUUAGCUUCGGUGGCCUGCUAGGGCGCCGAUGGGUCGGACAACCCCUCGAUACCGAUCGAGGUGUUCCUGCCGGCUAUGAACCUGAUGAUCACGGAGAAGAGGCCGAGAUGUGGAUGAAAAUCAUGAGGCGAACUAGCCGGAGGCUCGAGGUCUGGGAUGGUGACAGAGACAUCGAAAUCUACCAUGCUCGUAUGUAUCGUCCCCAAUUCGCUGGGACUGCAGCUUCAGAAUCAGUUGCUCCAGCUCUUACCAACGCAUCACGAAAGAAGAGUCGCAAGGUCCAGUCACCAUCCCAGUCAACGUUGACUCGCUCCAGAAGAGGCGCCGCGGUCGCUCGGACAGGCCAAGAUCUCAACGAUGAAAUCACUCAAGAUCUACUCGCGGAACGGAGCGACGAAGACAUGGAUGACGACUCAGUCGGUGCGGAGGCCGAAGAUAACGAUGCCAGCGACAUGGAUAUGGAUUAA